CUAUAUAAAGAGUCCCUCUCUUAGUUAUCAUUAUUAUAAUUUUUAUUUAGUCGUUUGUUGAUUCUAAUAUAUCAGAAUCGAACUAAAAUAAUAUGAUUUUAAAUGUUUUCUUUGUAACUGCCGCUGUUUUGUCUGUAAUUAUUACAAUCGGACAAUCAUGUUGUUUGGUAGGUGAUAUCGUUGACGGUACCGUAAAUAACGCCGUAUCAAAUGUUGGAUCAGUUACAAAAAGUUUGGGUGUUUCUUCUGUAUUAACCUCAAGCGGUAAAGACAUUUUUGAAGUUUUUGAUGGAUUUUCCGUUGAAGUAGUUAUUGAUUUUUUCAAAAAAAAAGGUCAAACUGAUUUUGUGACUUUAUACGAAAGUUAUAAAUCAUCAGACUGUAAUGAUACUAGAAAAGCAUUGAGACAAUCUUUGUGUGAAUAUUAUAAUAACCAUUCACAAUCCGUUGAUUCUGAUGUUGAAGAAUUUACUUCAUUUGCUACUGAUAGAUCAUAUUCCUCUACUUCUACGAAGUCUACUUCAGAAAUUUAUUCAGCCAAUGAAGUAUCAUCCUCAAUUUGCUAAUUAUUCUUUAUUUGUCAAAAAUUACAAAUCUGUCAUCAAUCUACUGUCACCAAUCAAACUAAAUUUUGUUUAUUUUAAUUUCAUUGUUUUAACAUGAAUGAAUUAUUAAAUAAAUUUAAAUGAUCCGAUAACUAAA